AUGGACGGACACCACCACAGACAACAUGGACGGACACCACCACAGAAAACAUGGACAGACACCACCACAAACAACAUGGGCGGACACCACCACAGAAAACAUGGGCGGACACCACCACAGACAACAUGGACGGACAACACCACUGAAAACAUGGACGGACACCACCACAGAAAACAUGGACGGACACCACCAGUCAACAUGGACGGACACCACCACAGAAAACAUGGACGGACACCACGACAGAAAACAUGGACGGACAUCACGACAGACAACAUGAGCGGACACCACGGCACGAUAGAAAACAUGGACGGACACCACGACAGACAACAUGGACGGACACCACCACAGACAACAUGGACAGACACCACCACAAACAACACGGACGGACACCACCACAGACAAUUAACAUGGGCGGACACCACCACAGAAAACAUGGGCGGACACCACCACAGACAACAUGGACGGACAACACCACAGACAACAUUGGCGGACACCACCACAGAAAACAUGGGCGGACACCACCACAGAAAAUAUGGACGGACACCACCACAGACAACAUGGGCGGACACCACCACAGACAACAUGGGCGGACACCACCACAGAAAACAUGGACGGACACCACCACAGACAACAUGGACGGACACCACCACAGAAAUCAUGGACGGACACCACCACAAACAACACGGACGGACACCACCACAGACAAUUAACAUGGGCGGACACCAUCACAGAAAACAUGGACGGACACCACGACAGACAACAUGGGCGGACACCACCACAGAAAACAUGGACGGACACCACCACAGACAACAUGGACGGACACCACCACAGAAAACAUAG